GGUAGAAUUAUGAUUAAUUACUUUUGUUUACAUCAUUCUUUAUAAUGCGAUAUAUCUAUUGGUGUUGUCAUUACAUAGAAUUCAUUCUUAGGUUUUGCUCUUGAUACGUUCUAAAGAAUCUUAGAUUCAUUGACCUCUGGAAUUGUGGGUUGGAAUCCUUGAAUAUUGGGUUGAAUAUGAAUCUCGAGUGGUUAAAUCUAUAUAGAUGAGAUGAUUUGGUAGAACUUCACAUGCCCGUUGAAAGUCUAAAGCUCAAAAGCCUGGAACUCGGUAACACUAAGUUGCAAACACUUAACCUUAGGGUGUGUCGGAAUCUUGAGACGUUAAAUAUUGAUCAAUGUGAGGAUUUGGUAGAACUUGACAUGCCGGUUGAAAGUCUGAUGCUCAAAAGCCUCCACCUCGGUAAUACUAAGUUGAAAACACUUAACCUUAAGGGGUAUCGGAAUCUCGAGAGGUUAGAGAUUGAACAAUGUGAGGAUUUGGUAGAACUUGACAUGCCCGUUGAGUGUCUGAUGCUCGAAAGGUUCCACCUCAGUAAUACUAAGUUGAAAACACUUAACCUUAAGGGGUAUCGGAAUCUCGAGAGGUUAGAGAUUGAACAAUGUGAGGAUUUGGUAGAACUUGACAUGCCCGUUGAAAGUCUGAUGCUCAAAACCCUCCACCUCCGUACUCCUAAGUUGAAAACACUUAACCUUAAGGGGGCUCGGAAUCUCGAGAAGUUGGAUGUUGAACAAUGUGAGGAUUUGGUAGAACUUGACAUCCCCGUUGAAAGUAGUCUGAUGCUCAAACGCCUCCACCUCGGUAAUGCUAAGUUUAAAACACUUAACCUUAAGGGGUGUCGGAAUCUUGAGACGUUAGAUCUUGAAAAAUGUGAGGAUUUGGUAGAACUUCACAUGCCCGUUGAAAGUCUGAUGCUCAAAACCCUCCACCUCUGUACUCCUAAGUUGAAAACACUUAACCUUAAGGGGGCUCGGAAUCUCGAGAAGUUAGAUGUUGAACAAUGUGAAAAUUUGGUAGAACUUAACCUGCCCAUUGAAAGUCUAGAGCUCAAACGCCUCUCCCUCCAAUGUUGUAAGUUGAAAACCAUUGACCUUGGGCUGACUCCAAUUCUUGAUAGAUUAGAUAUUAAAGAUUGUAAUAAUUUAAUAGAAAUUCAUGCUCCCAUUGGAUGUCUCAAACAGAUUGUCCACAUAACAUUAAGUGGCUGUGUUAGGUUUAAACCAUUUUCGGUUAACCCAUGGUUUCCAGAUUUUGGUUCUUCAGCAGAAUUGCAUUUAAUUGCAAGGUCUUUAGAUAUAUGCCCGUUGCACCCUGACAAUAAUUUGCCUAAGUUCCAGUUUGAAUGUAUUUAUAAGGAACGCCUACCCACGUCGUCGACAGGAAAUCUUGAGAAGCUUCUUUCUUUUGGUCUAUGUGCGUGCACAGACCUUGUGACUUUCUCAGAAAGUAUUUGUGGUUUACAAUGUUUAGGAAAGCUUACACUUGUGGGAAGUAUUUCAGACGUGCCGAAUAACCUUGACCAGUUAGAAUGUCUAGAGGAGUUAACUUUUUCGUCAACCAUCAUUAAACAUCUUCCAGAUGGCAUUUGUAUGUUGAAACACCUUAAAGUUCUCCAACUUAAAUCUUGUUGGCUUCUUGAGCAGUUACCUGAGGAUCUUGGCAGGCUAGAGUGUUUAGAGGAGUUGUACUUAACGGAGUGUAUAUUCCUACGACAUAUUCCAGGCAGCAUAUGUGAGAUGAAACGUCUAAAAUGUUUCCAUCUCCCAUAUUGUGUUCUAGUUGAGAAAUUGCCUGAGGAAAUAGGACAAUUAAAAUGUUUAAAAGAGUUAAACAUAGAGGGCACUGGCAUAAAUCAUCUUCCGCCAAGCAUUUUUCAAUUGAAAGGUCUGCUUAUUGACGGGUCUAGGUGGCGGCUUGAGUCGUAUGGUUUUACAUCCGUGUUUGACAGAUCAACAUACACCUCCUACUGCUACAUAUAACUGUUGAUAACAUAGUACACAGUGAAUCAAAGGAUCACACCUC